AGUGAAUGCGCCGUCUUCUUUUCGCAUAGCCUGGUCAUUGGUCGUCACCCUUUCGGCUUAUCCUCUGGGGGAGGACUUUCCCUGCCUGCCCCCAGAGAAUUUGUAUGUAGUACUGUAGUAGUAGUAGUAAUACUGUGUUCUGAUUUCUAUCCCCAGAUGCAAAGCGCGUAGAUCAGAAAGUGGGACUUUAGCAAAGUGGGCUCCAUUGCCCACACACUCGCGCACAUUCUGAUGUGAUCUGUGUCUUGGCGUUUCUUUCUUGUUUUAAUCCGUCUUUUGCAUGGAAGCAGCCGUGGCGAUGAUGGGUCUAUGAGAUUCGCUUCUCCGGUCUUCUCAUAUUUUCCGGACAUCUCUUUCCCACUGAAACUCAUCUAGCUUCUCUCUGCGAUUCCGUGAUAUACUCUUAUCUUAUGGGUCUUCUCUGAAAUCCAAGCUCUUUCCUUACAACGUUGGUCGAAUUGAACUUUAUUCAGUUCUCAGGCUGCCACCCAAUCCUCUCUAAGAAUAAAAAGAUCUGCAAGUCUUCUUGGCAUGACCGAAGCUGAACCAAAUGACUUAAGAGUCACUACACAAAGUUCUAGCAGUAUCACAAUGGGGUAAAAGAUACCAAUGGACUUCCCACUCCUCUUACACUUGCAGUACCAAUCAAUUACACUGGCGUGUCUUCUCCUUAAAUUAUCCAUGUUGACAUUUUUUCAUAGAGAGGUUGUCAAAGCAAAAAAACACAACUCUUGAGUGGACCUUAGUCUGCCAAAUACUCUUCGAAGGAAAGGGAUUGGUUUCGUGUUAAAUAGGGAUGUUAUUAAACAAAAAUUGAGCAUCCCUAUGUUGGAAGGGGCCCAAAGAAUCUUGCUUUCACUUCCUCAUCUCAACCUAGAAGAAUAUAUUAAAGAAUGCAAUAUAGGCAUCCACUUCUCAGUCAUGAGUUGCUCUGGUAAAGCUUACAUUUGACCGAGGGAAAUCACUUGAUAUCUCCAAAUACCCGUCACAGAUGCAUCCUUAGCACAACCAAAAUUAUACAUUUCUGUGAAAGUUUCCUUAGGCACACUGUCUUCAUGCCACGGAUCAUGCUAGAAUUUGAUAUUGGUUCUAUCUCCCACCUCAAAUCUAGUAUGGAUAUAUAACUUCCCCCAACCUUUCCUCGUGUUCUUCUAGAUGUCCUUGGACCUCAUCAGAACACCUCCCACCCCACUAACAUCCAUAUAUAGAAUCUACUAUUGAUCUCCACAAGGUCUCACUCUCAUUUUGUUGGUGCCAAAGCCAUUUCCCCCAUAGUGUAUGAUAUUGGACAAGAAGAGAUUCUGAACUCCCAACCCACUCCUCAAAGAUCGUAGAGAAUUUCUUGCCCAACUUACCAGGUGAAAUUUGACCUCUUCACCUCACUCACUCAAAGGAACUCUCAUUUUAGCUUUUCUAUAUUAUUAUUCACACUAGAAGGAAGCGAAAUAGGAGACAUGAAAUAUGUAGUAAGAUUAAAAAGAGUUCUCUUGUUUGUUUGUAAUGGGCUAAAUGUUCAUGAUUUUCUCCUUUCAAUUGUAAACUCUAACUAGGUGCUUUUCAUGUAUACUCCAUGUGUGCUUGGGCUUUGCCUAUUUCUAUGAAUACUUCUUAAUUACCUAUCAAAAAAGAGUUCUCUUGUUUAAAGUAAUUUUAUUGCUUCUGGACAAAUGCAUCCUCUUUUAGUAAAUCUUCUCGAUAAUUUCAUCCAAAAUUGCCUUGGCCCUGAAAGUGGCCCCCCAAAAGAAGUCACCGAUACUUCAGAGGUAAAGAGGGCACCUUGCACCCUAGAGUAUUUUGGAAGUAAAGUGACCCACUGGCACCAAUUGCAGUUUAGGCAAAUUAAACCUUCAACCUGAAAACUGCUUCAAAGCAUAAGAAUAAAGUGCGCAGAAACAUAUAACACCAAAAUUGCCGUCUGUAUAUAAGAUGUAGUAAGUUAAGAGCACCAUAGUUCCUAAUCCCUACCAAAAAAAAGAAAAACCCUGAAAGAAAGCCUCCAACAGAAACAUAUGACAUUUUGCUGAGUGCUUCCAUGACACUUGCAAAGGGGAUCUCCCUGUUGCAAGCCAUGAGAGCAACCGAAGAAACCAGGAGUUCCAUUUACCAAAAAUAGUGAAGUGUCCACAGAAAUACAGCAUCCAAGAUUGCCAUUGUUGCCCAAAAUCUAAUCUCCUUAGCUGGAACUUCCAAUUGAUAAAUCUACUUCAUGCGCUAUUGUAUGUUAUUGGGCAUUGUUGAGUUUGGAGAAGUUGGGUUCUGAUCUAUUCUUUCAGGACUUUUGAUGUUUCCUAAUAUAAUUAGCACUGAUAUUUUUUUUCAGGGAAGAGCCUAUGUUCUGAUUACAGAGUAAGAGUGAUAUAUAGCAAUGGGGAUUUCAACCUCUAAAAUUGAGGAAGAUAAGGCUCUGCAGCUAUGUCGUGAAAGAAAGAAGUUUGUAAGACAAUCACUUGAUGGAAGGUGCUCACUAGCAGCUGCUCAUGUUACAUAUAUUCAAUCCCUUAAAAGUACAGGAAUUGCUCUUAGGAAAUUUGUGGAACCUGAAGCUCCCAUAGAAUCUUCUUUGUAUACUUCUACUAGCGCAACACCAGAGCCACUUGCUUUAACUGAGAAGUCUCUUUCCCAGUUCUCCUUUUCUCCCCCAUCUAUAUCCCAACAUGUAUAUGCUACCGAAACCAUUUCUCCAUCUCCUUCUCCAAACUCUAGUCAGUUUCAGGCAAAUCAUAUGACAUUCAGGAGUUCUUCUUCUCAGAAGAUUGAAGAAAAGCUAUCUUUUCCUGUUACAGGAACAGUGACCUCAUCUAGUACCCCACAGAAUAUGACACCUCGUUCCACUGAAAGACCUGAAACAUCCCCUUUCCAAGGUUCUUCCCUCCCACCUGGAACUCCACCAUGGGAUUAUUUUGGUCUCUUUCAUCCAACUGAUCAUGAGUUUUCUUUUCAAGAUGGGAAGGGAAUGUACCAAGGGUUGGAGAAUGCUGAUGAUAUAAGACAAUUUAGAGAAGAGGAGGGAAUUCCUGAGCUGGAAGAUGAAGAGGAGAAGAGUUCUUCUCAUGAGAGGGAAGAAUCUCUGGAUUCAGAAGGUGAAUUUGAUGAGCCUUCUGCAGAUACUCUGGUACGAAGUUUUGAAAAUCUUAAUAGGGUUCAUGAUCAUGCUGCAGAUAAUUCUCUGCACAGUAUGCCUUCUGCACAAAAUGUAGCUUUAGAGACCGAGUUAUUAAAUAGGGAGAAGGAAAACUCCCCUUAUUUGUCACCAAUGAGAGCCACAUCUAAGGUUGUUGCGCUUCCCACUGACCAAGAUAAAGCACCAUCAAAAGAAGAUUGUAUUGAGAGUAAGGUUCCUCCUAAGGACGUCUUUUCAAGCAUAAGAGAUAUUGAAUUUCUCUUUAUGAAAGCUUCUGAGUCUGGUAAAGAAGUUCCAAGGAUGCUUGAAGCAAAUAAGUUGAAUUUCCGUCCAAUAUUUCCAGGGUUUGACAGAGGUGGGUCAAUGACAUCUAAAUUCUUGAAGACCUGUUUCUCUUGUGGGGAGGACCCAAGCCAAGUCCAAGAAGAGCCUGCUGAAAAUUCCACAAAGUACUUAACAUGGCAUAGGACGACAUCAUCUCGAUCCUCUCCAACCAGGAAUCCAUUGGGAGCAAACUCAAAAGAUGAUAUAGAGGACUUUAUUGGUAACUCUUUUGAAAAUUUCUGCAUGAACUCCGGCAGUCAUGCCUCUACCUUGGAUAGGCUAUAUGCUUGGGAGAGGAAACUUUAUGAUGAAGUUAAGGCUAGUGGAAUGGUCAGAAGGGAGUAUGACUUGAAGUGUAAAACUCUAAGACAACUGGAAACAAAUGGGGAAAGUACCAAUAAAAUUGAUAAAACUCGUGCAGUUGUCAAGGAUCUACAUUCAAGAAUCAGAGUUGCAAUUCACAGAAUUGAUUCUAUAUCAAAGAGGAUUGAGGAAUUAAGGGACAAAGAGCUCCAGCCACAACUUGAGGAGUUGAUAGAAGGGUUACGUAGGAUGUGGAAAGUUAUGUCUGAGUGCCACAAGCUUCAGUCUGACAUCAUCAAAGCAGCACAGAGAAAUGGCAACACAAAGCUAUCAAUACAGUCAGAAUCACACCGGCAGGUCACUAUCCAUCUCGAGGAUGAACUGAGUUCGCUGUCACAAAGUUUUCUGAAGUGGUUUGCUGCUCAGAAGUUCUAUCUGCAGGCUAUAAAUGGAUGGCUUUCCAAAUGUGCACCUGUUCCACAAAAAUCUUCCAAAAGAAAAAGAAAGCCAGAACCCAGAUCCUUGAGAAACAUUGGCCCUCCUAUAUAUGCGACCUGUGGUGCUUGGUUGGGAAAGCUAGAAGACCUAGAAAAGCGAGAAUCCUCGUCUAUCAAGCAAGUUGUCGAUGCUAUAAAGGAUUUAGGGGGUGCGACUGCUCACUUUGUACCGCAUCAAGAAAAGAAUCAGGGGAAGGACAUGAACCGUUCAUAUUUACCAUCCUGGGAGGCUGAAAAAGAAAGGGCUUCAGAAAAUCUGCUGGGAGGUGAAGAAGGUGUGCGUGACUGGAUUUCAGGUUUUGAUAGAUUCUGGUCAAGCUUGGAGGCAUUUAUUGGCCAGUUAAAUAACUUUGCAAAGCGUUCGAUGGAGAUGUAUGUCGAACUUCAACAGGAGAUCGAAGAUGCUAAGAGUGGCUAUGAUAGAUUGAUGUCACGAUCUCAAGUUUUGGAGAGCAAGGUUACAGAGACGACAGAAGAAUCCCAACACCCCUCGGAGGUCCAAUAAACUGGGGUUUUUAGAUGUAAGAAACCUGAAGAAGUCCUGGUAGUUCAAUCGGACAUGGCAUUUGUAUAUGUGAGAAGAAUAAAAGGGUUUUUGUUUCAACUGAAAAUAAAGGAACUGGUCAAAAGAAUUUAACAUGGAGAUGUAAUAAAUGGUGUUGUAAUUCUUGGUGAAAGCUGUGAUUACGAGGGCCGGUGGCUACACACAGGGUUGCUCGCAAAGUAAUAGAAUUUGUACAGUUUUUCUUAGUAAACAUGGGAAUUCUAAUAAUUCCCACUAUUUCUUUCUUA